GGUAGUCGCGCAGGUAGUUGAUCUCGUUGGUGGUGUCGUUAGUAUUUUCUUCUAUUCGGUGAGUCCCAUUGGGAAAGUUUGCAAACAUUUCGCGAAAAAGCAACAUGAAGAAAACCAAGGACGUGUCAGACGAGGAUGAAUAUUCCGCGGAUGAUCCAGAAGAAGUAGAAGGGGUCUCCGAAGAAGAGUGGACUCCCGAGGCCGGAGCUGAAAGUGGUGCUAAAAAGAGGCCACAGAGGGAAGUUGCUAAAAAGCGGCAACAUUCAGAAGAAGAAGAAGACGAAGAGGAAGAAGAGGAUGAAGAGGAAGAUGACGAAGAGGAUGAAGAAUCCGAUUCUGACACAGGAAAGAAGCCUAAAAGAAAAAGACGGUCCAAGAAAGAGGAAGAUGAAAAAGAGGAUGAAGAUGAGGAGGACUCUGAUGAUAAUAGCUUUAACGAAUCAUCGGGAGAAACGCCGAAAGAUUUUACAUCUGGUGCAUUCGUUGUUGCAAAAGCUGACAUUGGUGGAAGCACGGAUCCAACCUUGUGGAGGAUAGAUGGAAAGGCAUUACUUCAAAAGUUUUUACCCUUCCAAGAAGAUGGAAAAACGUUAUAUAAAAGCACAUCGACGUAUUCCGGAUGGUCAGUAAAUAACAAAGAUAAAUACUUGGCUGCACAAGUUACUUUCAGAGUGCAAAGUAGAACAGAAACCAUUGUUGAACUUCAUCUUGAUCAACAGCAACAACAACAACAAGAAGUUGUAAAGCCUGUUGUAUGCAUUGCUGUUGCAUUAGGAACAUUGAUAGGUGCAGAUACAGUCAUAAUUGGUUGUUUUGUUCCUAUAGAAUAUGGGAUGUCUUUAGGCUCUGUUGGUGUUGAUGAAACACUAGGUUUUUCAAUCAGUUCCCUUGGAUGUUCAUUCUUUAUAGAAAGACUAGAUUUUAUAGGUGAUGGGAAACAUAAGAAUAAACAAGAUAUUCUUGUUCGAAUCAAAACGUCUUUAAACACAUGUUUAAAGUAUCACCAUUCUCUGAACGAUUUGUGUUCCGCGGAGCGAUUGAGAACAGAACAGCCACUUGUUACCCACUCUAACAGUAUUCCAGGGCCGUCUUAUGCAGUGGUACUUUUACAAAGUUUAGCAGAAAUGUCAUCUCGUGGUAAAAAGAAUAAAAAGAAAGUAUUAACUAGACGACCUCGACACGUCGUUGGAAAAGAAGAAAAAUAUCGUCAAGAAAGAGAUAAAUCAGACAAGGAAGAUGAAGAGUCAGAAGAAGAAGAAAAAUGGCUUUUCUCGUUCCCAGUCGCUAUGUGGGAUCUCGAACAGUGUGAUCCAAAAAAAUGUUCCGGUAAAAAAUUGGUCAGACAUGGUUUAGUGAAAAUAUUAAGGUUAGGAGCUCGAUUCUCUGGAUUAGUUCUUACUCCGAUUGGUCAAAAGUGUGUAAGUCCAACAGAUCGUGGUAUAGUACAAGAUUAUGGUUGUGCAGUGGUCGAUUGUAGUUGGGCACGUUUGGACGAUACUCCGUUUGGUAGAAUGAGGACUCCUAAUCCUCGUCUUUUACCGUUUCUAGUUGCUGCAAAUCCGAUAAAUUAUGGAAAACCGUGUCAAUUAAGUUGCGUAGAAGCUAUAGCUGCUACACUACUUAUAACAGGUUUUCCUGAAGAAGCGAAAUAUUAUCUCGGAAAGUUCUCUUGGGGCCAUUCAUUUCUAGAAUUAAACGACGAGUUACUAAAAAGUUAUUCACUUUGUAAAAACGCGGAAGAAAUCAUAGCUGUACAAGAGAAGUUUCUCGUCGAUGCGAGAGCAGAAAAGUUAAAUAGACACGCUGUUUCGGAUUUUCCACCAACCGAUUCGGAAAGUGAAGAAGAAAAGGAAGAAGCAACGCCCGUAAAAACAAUUUCCCAAAUAGACGAACAAGUGAAGGACAUGCAUAUAGGAUAGAAAUAACUCGGAUGCAGUUAUAUAUGUAAUUUCUUUGUCUGACCGAAGCAUAUCCGUUGCAA